ACUUCCCCUUUUUGUUAAUUAAAACUAAGAAGUGAGAAUGGGAUCGAAGUGCCCAGUUCCUGUGGAGAAAGCUUAAGGACACCAUGCCAAUUCCUUCCUUCCAAGAUGGAAAGAGGAGCUCCUAGCUCACUUAAGCCGGGGUAGGUCUGGUUCUCCUUUCUGAACCAAAAUCCCAGGCGAUGGUGAAUUAUGAACGUGCCACACCAUGAAGGUCUUGUGGCAGGUAACUGUGCACCACACCUGGAAUGCCGUCCUGCUCCCCGUCGUCUACCUCGCGGCGCAAGUGUGGAUUCUCUGUGCAGCCAUUGCUGCUGCCGCCUCGGCCGGGCCCCAGAACUGCCCCUCCGUCUGCUCCUGCAGUAACCAGUUCAGCAAGGUGGUGUGCACCCGCCGGGGCCUCUCCGAGGUCCCUCAGGGGAUUCCUUCCAACACCCGGUACCUCAACCUCAUGGAAAAUAAUAUCCAGAUGAUCCAGGCAGACACCUUUCGACACCUCCAUCACCUGGAAGUCCUGCAGCUGGGCAGGAACUCCAUUCGGCAGAUCGAGGUGGGGGCCUUCAACGGGCUGGCCAGCCUCAACACUCUGGAGCUAUUUGACAAUUGGCUGACUGUCAUACCCAGUGGGGCCUUUGAGUACCUGUCCAAGCUGCGGGAGCUUUGGCUCCGCAAUAACCCCAUAGAGAGCAUCCCCUCUUAUGCCUUCAACCGGGUGCCCUCUCUCAUGCGCCUGGACUUGGGGGAGCUAAAGAAAUUGGAAUAUAUCUCCGAGGGAGCUUUUGAGGGACUGUUCAACCUCAAGUACCUGAACUUGGGCAUGUGCAACAUUAAGGAUAUGCCCAAUCUCACCCCCCUGGUGGGGUUGGAGGAGCUGGAGAUGUCAGGAAACCACUUUCCGGAAAUCAGGCCUGGCUCCUUCCAUGGCCUAAGCUCCCUCAAGAAGCUCUGGGUCAUGAACUCACAGGUCAGCCUGAUCGAGCGGAAUGCUUUUGAUGGGCUGGCCUCACUUGUGGAACUCAACUUGGCCCACAAUAACCUCUCCUCUUUGCCCCAUGACCUCUUCACCCCACUGAGGUACUUGGUGGAGUUGCACCUACACCACAAUCCUUGGAACUGUGAUUGUGACAUCCUGUGGCUAGCCUGGUGGCUUCGGGAGUAUAUACCUACCAACUCCACCUGCUGUGGUCGAUGCCAUGCUCCCAUGCACAUGAGAGGCCGGUACCUGGUGGAGGUGGAUCAGGCCUCCUUCCAGUGUUCUGCUCCCUUCAUCAUGGAUGCCCCUCGUGACCUCAAUAUCUCUGAGGGUCGGAUGGCAGAACUGAAGUGUCGGACUCCCCCUAUGUCCUCUGUGAAGUGGCUGCUGCCCAAUGGGACAGUGCUCAGCCAUGCUUCCCAUCACCCACGGAUCUCUGUCCUCAACGACGGUACCUUGAACUUUUCCCAUGUGCUGCUCUCCGACACAGGGGUAUACACAUGCAUGGUGACCAACGUGGCAGGCAACUCCAAUGCCUCGGCCUACCUCAACGUGAGCAUGGCCGAGCUCAACACCUCCAACUAUAGCUUCUUUACCACGGUUACAGUGGAGACCACCGAAAUCUCGCCGGAGGAUACCACGCGCAAGUACAAGCCUGUUCCGACCACAUCCACUGGUUACCAGCCGGCAUAUACCACCUCUACCACGGUGCUCAUCCAGACCACCCGUGUACCCAAGCAGGUGGCAGUCCCCACGGCAGACACCAAUGACAAGAUGCAGACCAGUCUGGAUGAGGUCAUGAAGACCACCAAGAUCAUCAUCGGCUGCUUUGUGGCAGUGACUCUGCUAGCUGCCGCCAUGUUGAUUGUCUUCUAUAAACUUCGGAAGCGGCACCAGCAGCGGAGUACAGUCACAGCUGCCCGGACAGUCGAGAUUAUCCAGGUGGAUGAAGAUAUCCCCGCGGCAGCAUCCGCAGCAACAACGGCUCCAUCCGGUGUAUCAGGUGAGGGGGCAGUUGUGCUGCCCACAAUUCAUGACCAUAUUAACUACAACACCUACAAACCAGCACAUGGGGCCCACUGGACAGAAAACAGCCUGGGGAAUUCUCUGCACCCCACCGUUACCACUAUCUCUGAACCUUAUAUAAUUCAGACCCACACCAAGGACAAGGUACAGGAAACACAAAUAUGACUCCCCCCCCCAAAAAAAAAACAACCACAAAAUGCAAUAGAAUG